UCUCGCUCCAGUAUGGCGCCGCAUGUUCCAGAUAAGCCGGUGGUGGUGGCAGAACUUCGGCCAGUUUAUUGCUGAGAGGCUGUACUCUAUCCCUCUGGGUGUUGUUGCCGAGUGCGUGGCGAAAUAAAGCGCAGAACAUUUGCAGAGUUUGUCCCCCGCGCUGCAGAGCCCAGCACCAUGCCGGUCCUGUGCAGCCAUUGCGAGGAGAGGCGCGCCGUCCUCAAACGCCCAAAGACGGGUCAUUCGCUCUGCAAGGAGUGCUUCUUCUGGGCCUUCGAGGAGGAGGUGCACCGGACCGUUGUGUCAGCGCGCCUUUUCAGCCCCGGUGAGACGGUGGGCAUCGGCGCGUCGGGCGGAAAGGACUCCACCGUGCUGGCGCACGUGCUGAAGGUGCUCAACGAGCGCUACGGGUACGGCCUCAAGCUGCUGCUGCUCUCGGUGGACGAGGGCAUCACGGGUUACCGUGACGACUCCUUGGAGACGGUGAAGAGGAACCAGCGGCAGUACGAGCUGCCGCUGAAGAUCGUGUCGUACGAGGAGCUCUACGGCUGGACCAUGGAUGCCAUCGUCAAGCAGGUGGGCCUGAAGAACAACUGCACCUUCUGUGGGGUGUUCCGCCGCCAAGCGCUCGACAGAGGGGCCAUGAUGCUCAAGGUGGACAAGAUCUGCACAGGUCACAACGCGGACGACGUGGCGGAGACGGUGCUCAUGAACGUGCUGCGUGGCGACAUCGCCCGCCUGCGCAGGUGCACGGCCAUCAGCACGUCCAGCGAGGGCGAGGGCAUGAUCCCGCGGUGCAAGCCGCUCAAGUAUGCCUACGAGAAGGAGAUCGUGCUGUACGCCUACUUCAAAAAGCUGGACUACUUCUCCACGGAGUGCGUCUACUCCCCCAACGCCUACCGGGGCCACGCCCGCGCCUUCCUCAAGGACCUGGAGGCGGUGCGGCCCAGCGCCAUCAUGGACGUCAUCCACUCGGGGGAGAACCUGUCGGUACGCGAGGAUGUGCGCAUGCCGGUGCAGGGCACGUGCAGCCGCUGCGGCUACAUCUCGAGCCAGGGGCUCUGCAAGUCGUGCGUGCUGCUCGAGGGCCUGAACCGGGGGCUGCCGCGCCUCGGCAUUGGCAAACACCACCGCCUCCACGGCAAGAUCCUGGCCCAAGCGUCGCUCAGCCAGGAGGAGGAGCGCAAGCUCAGGGCGGCCGACUUCUGAUUGGCUGCUGCUCCAGCUACAGCACCUCCCUUCAACGAGAUUCACAUGAACAAUGAUGUGUAUAUUCUACGUGUAUCUAAAGUGAGGCUCCGGUCCCCAAAGGAGCAGGGGGGAAUUCGCAGAGUCGCUGAAGACGGUCCUAGUGCUUUUUUUGUUUGUUUUUUAAAACCCCCCAGAUAGAUUUUGUGCUUUAUAAUAAAUCUUUGUGGACCUCAAAUGACUGACUGCUUGUCUAAAGCCAAACAUGUUUUAUUCAUAAAAGCUUGUGUGAGUCCUAAUGGUUCUCAUUAUUCCUCCAUUCAUUUUUAAUUUCUUUUAUGACGUGUUUACAUUCUUGCUGAGAAGUUGUCCAGAGACUUUUGAGAGGCGCACAGCACUCUGCUGCGAAGUGACUCUGCA